GGGCAUCGCACACAUGUUGGGCCCCUGUACUUGUUCGACUCAAUCCUCUACCAGUUUCUGAUAGCAUCUGCUUCUCCGACAUUGUUGAUGCUCCAGGACAAACCCUUGCUGAUAUAGCUGGUGGGUGACUCAGCCUGCCCCUGCCGCACCUACUUCCAAUACGCGUCCUUCGCUCCUCCGUCCUCAGUCGUCCAGCUUCUGUUUGCCGCUCAGUUUCGCCAUUUCCCGUCGCUUUUCUGGGAAUUGUUCGGAAGCCACUGUCCGGAAGCCAAACUGCCCAAAUUCCCUCGACGAACUUCAUCCAAGGGAAAAAUCUCCAGCGAACAGCGAAUUGUUUUCUCAGGAUCCCCGCAAGAGCAAAUGCUCCAUCAGCGAAGCCUCAUCCUAUAACCACAAUUCCUAAUCUCGGAAGCCGAUCAUUAUGGUGCUCUGGGUCUCAUCAGCGUCGCAGCACACGGCAGCGGUGACGCCAUGCUCCGCACAGCAGGUCGAAUUAUGGCAGCCCGCCGAAUGCGGUACUUCGAGUACCGAGGACCAUAUUUCCGACGAGGAGGUUGUGGAAAUGGCGUCGUUGCUUCUCCAGUGCGAGUCUGAUUUCAUGGGAUCCCUCGGCGAUUCCCUGAUUGACUCAGCUAAAGUGCCUUCGCUUCGCGGAGAUAAGCGGCAGCGAGAGGACGAGUCAACUGCGCAGGCUCCGAGCCUAAUCCAGAGUCUGCAUGCGGAUCGGAUCCUAAUCCAGUCGUGUAACGUGAACGUAGAGGACCUCUUAGGCGCGGACAACAGCUCGCUCGAAAGCCUUCAGGAAACAAUUGACUUCCAAAUCGAAGGCGCGGCGAUUAACGACGCUCCGCCGGAGGCUGCAGCAGCGGCGGCGGCGGCGGCGGCGGCGGCGGCACCUGCUCUGAGGGCGAAGAGCGAGGGCGAAGUGGACGUUAACGGGGACGUUGACGGGUUAAUUCCUGCGGCUACUGACGGGUUUGAGACGCCGUUGACGCCGUCGUCGUCGCGCCGAUUGGUUCUGCCGCAGCUGUCCCCCCAACCAGCGCUGCUCCACAUGCCGCAGCUAUCGUGUUCAGCCACGUGGCAAGGCGCCAGGAGCGCCGGUGCCUUUAGCGAGCCCGAAUCGAAGCGGUUCAAAGGGCAAACCGGUGAUUGUUAUCCCCGCCACCACCAGGCGUGCUGCGCGCCGAUUUAUCCGCUGAGUUGCGUCCCAAGCUGCCGGCAGACUUGCGCGCCGAGCUGUGCCCCGAGCUGGGCACCGAGCAGCGGCCAGGCAUCCGCGCUGAGCGUCGAGCCGAGCUGCGGGCAGCACGAGAUGGCGGUGCCUAUAGCGAGACAGCCGGCGGUGGCGGAGUGCCUCAAGGUUGAGCUUCUAUCGGAGACUCGCAGCGCUACUAUGGGCCCCGGCGAGGUGUACCAUAACCCUGACGAAGCUUCGACGAUUGCUCCUGGCGGCAGCUGGGGCUCGGGGGCGGAUUUUCCCAGCCAGCAGCAGCAGCCGGCGCCGGCGCCGCUGCAUGAUGCUGCGGCGGCGGAGGAAGGCGGCUGUUUCUACGGCCGCAGUACCGGCGGCUGCGACGGAGCGACGCCGCCGACGAGGCGCUGCUCGACCAAGCCGCGGCGAUCGAAUAGAAGGGCGGACUUGGCCGCUCGCGGCGCCGCAAUCCGAGGGGCGGCUGCUUCCGCUCAUUCCGCUGCCGUUUUGCCGCGCCCGACCUACUCGGCCCUUAGGUUCGGCGAGCCGGGGUACCCUGCGGAAUACCGUGGCGCGUUUCGCGACAAUGUGAUGUCGCUCGCUGCUGACGUCAUGCAACGCGAACCCGAGGGUGUCGAGGGUCAUCCGACGUGGAGCCUUCUUCUUACCGUCACUCGCGCCGAGGCAUUUGCGCAGCCGCCACUGGCGCUCGCCGCGGACCCAAUCUCCCCCUCCGCCUCCGCUUCCCCUUCCGCUUCCGCGUGCGCUAUCGGCCCGCCUCCUCCUGCCACUCCGCGCGCUCAAGUCCGCGGGGGUGGUGGCUCCGCGCUAGACCCAAAUUCGGAAGCCAACGCGGGGGUCCCCGCGACGGACGCGCUGUGCGUGAGCGCGGGACCUGCGGAGCUGGCGCCGCUUCAUGGGGCGGCGCAGCAGCAGGCGCAGCUUCAGGGGGGCACGCAUCCCGCGCAUCCGGCGCAGCAAGUGCUGCUGCCGCUGCUGCUGGUGGCGGAAGGGACGGUGGGGUCCGCCAAUCCGCACUGCGACCACUGCAGGAGCUCGGGUUGGUGCCAUCACCCCAUCGCGUCCCACAAGUACCACUUGAUCAUUCCAGUCAAGAACCCGCACUCGCACCCGCGCGCCGAGUCACAGGUUCUCACAGCCGCACCCAAUAGCAUCAGUCCACGUCACACCCGGAGCACCACCAAUAACACCACCACCAACGCCAACACCAACACCAGCACCAGCGCUCACCACAACUCGUCCUCCCACCACCAUCACUGUAGCAUCACUGCCGCCGCCUGCCGCUCGCUCUCCCUCACCUCCCCCGCGCACCUCCUGCACGGGGUCAUCCACUCCAACGGAUUCGGCCACCUCGUGACGCUCAACGGCCGUGCGGCCGGCUCGCACGUGCUUUCUGGGCGGCAGCUAAUGCAGCUAUGGGACAACAUCUGCCACAUGCUGCGCGCCAGGGUGGUGAGCGUGGAGGACCUCUCACACAAGCUCUCCUUCUCCUCCGACUAUCGCCUCCUGCACUCAGUCGCCUUCUCGCACUCCUGGUUCGCCCGCUGGGGCUACAGCUUCGCCCACGGGGCGUUUGGCAUCACGCAGGACCGCUACAGCCGGGCCGUGGAGCGUGUGGCCGGCACACGCCUGCUGCCCCUGCUGCAGCACCUGAGGGGGAUCAACACGGGGAUCGCGUCCCGGGUGGCGGCGGUUAUCGCUAAGUACCAGGCGCACGUGCUUGCCAAGUGCCAGGCCCCGGCUGAGUGCCAGUUGCAGGCUAAGUGUGGGAAGCUGCUGCUUCCUGGUACUGGUGUGGCUGCAGGCUGGGCAGGAGAGGGAGCAGGAGAGGGAGCAGGCGCAGGAGAGGGAGAAGGGUACGGGGUUUAUCAUGACCGUCAUGCCCCCCAUCCUGCGCCUCCCAACCUGACCCUUCAGCACCUCUUCUCCUCCCUCCUCGCCUUCCGCUCCUCCCUCCCGCUCCCCCUGCACCACCAACACCACUACUUCCCCCACCUCCUCCACUCCUCCUCUCUCCCGCCCCCCAUCGCUCCUUCUACUCCGGCUACUCCGGCUACUCCUGCUACCACCGCCGCUGCAGCAACACCUUUCUCCGCCGCCCUCCCCUCCCCCUCCUCCUCCCGCUCCCCCCUCCUCUCCUUCUCGGCUCGUCGCCUCGUCCCCCCUCCCCCCUCACCCUCCCACCCCUCUUCCCGCCCCUCCAACCAAUCAUGGCACGCCAGCUGACCGGGGAGCCCAGCCCUAGCUCUGCCUCGUGCUUGUCCGACGAGCUGUCGCCACGUCAGCAUCGGCAUCUGCUGCGUCAGCAGCAGCAGCAGGCCAUGCCAUCCCCGAUUCCACCAACCAGCUAUCAACAAGUGGACGUUCCACCUUCCCCCAGCAUUAUCACUCCCUCUACAGUCACUCCCUCUACAGUCACUCCCUCGACAGCCACUCCCAGGAGCAAGCAGUUCCUUCCGUUCCUAGACAGUCCAAUCGGCAACCCUGCAACACCAGCAGCACCAGCAGCCGCACCAGCAGCAGAGUACCAUCGGCGGCAGCUGAGCAGCGAGCCCAUCAUCAUCAGCCCACUGCCCGCGGACUCCCCCUCCUGCCGCUGGUCCGCCAAGCGCCUGCACCUCGCCCAGGAGGUCAUCGUCGACGUGCUCUCCCUCCGCCCCGGCGCCUGGCUGCCCCGCCACGAGGUUCGGGAGGCGGCUCGGCAGAGGAUCGGCGACACGGGGCUGCUGGACUUCGUGCUCAAGUCGCUGGGGAACCGGCUGGUGGGGGAUGUGGUGGUGAGAAGGGCGAUUAACCCGCUUAGCAAAGUGCUGGAGUUUAGCCUGGAGCCCCUGCAGCGGGAGAGUGGGGCAAGCGGUGGGGAAAAGGGUGGGGAAAGGCGAGGGGAGGGAAACGGAGGAGAGGGAGUGACUGGGGAGAGGCAAGGUGGUGAGGGCAGGGGGGAGGUGGAGGUAGCGAGUCCUGGAGGCAAUCAAAGGCGAUGGUCGCCCGAGCCCGUUCGGAGGGGCUCGUGCUUGGGCAACAACCCUCGGAAGGAGGAAGUCACUGCAACAGCAGCAGCAGCAGCAGGAGGAGCAGGAGCAGGAACAGGAGCAGGAGGAGGAGGAGCAGCAGCAGCAGCGGCUGUGAGUCCUGCUGUGUUGACUUCAGCGCCCAUCACCAGGGCUGAUGUGACUCGAGAUGUUGAGUUCCUUUACAAGCACCUGCUGCUCACAGUCACAUCCGCACAUGGUCACUGCCACCAGACUCACAAGCAGCACCAGCAGCAGCACCAGCAGCAGCUGCAGCAGCGGGUGUGUCAGGCAGAGUCACAUCCGGGUUUCUCCCUCUCAACCUUUUCUGAAGCUGUGCAAAUCAUACUCGAUACAAAGCAAUUCUUCAAGGAUUACAAGGGCGAGCUGACCAGGGAGCAAGCAGCCGCAGUGGCAGCUACAGAGACAGCUGCAAGUGAAUUCGAAGACGGGACAAUUCGAGUGCUCUGCAGCAUCAAUGCAAGGGACGCGGACACCACUCGCAACUGGCCUAUCCCCCCUCCGGAGAUGGUAACCCUACCCCCCGAUGCCACCGUGGCGGAUCUCAAGGCUGCUGCCUGCCGAGCCUUCUCCCGAACCUACCCUGUGGCUCGGCACAUGCAGAUCUCGGGCCUGCCUGCUGACCUCACAGACCUAGACGAGGACGAUCUUCUCUUCGGCACUCUGGACUCGGGCGCCUCUCUGCUGCUCGCCAUCUCCAACCUGGACCCCCGCAGCGAGUGGCGCUACGAGGGCGGCUGCGACGCGUGGGCCGUGCGGUGCGCGUGCGGGGCGAGGGACGACGACGGCGAGCGCAUGAUCGCAUGCGACACGUGCGGCGUGUGGCAGCACACGCGGUGCAGAGGGAUUGGGGACGCUGCGCCGGCCCCCAUGAGCUUCUUCUGCUCUGGAUGCCGAGAGGGGGAGGGAGAGAAGAUGGUGCACGGGAAGCAGGUGACGAAGGAACAGCAGCAGCUGCAGCUGCAGCAGCAGCAGCAGCGGGAGUGGCAGCUGCAGCAGCAGCAACACUACCAGCAGCAGGAGCAGCCACAGCGGGAGGGGAAGCCUGCUCUGGCCCGAGCAAGCACCAUGCAAACCAGCGGCAGCAGCCUGCGCGUUUCCCCACCCUCCACUCUCUCCUGCCUCGGCCAAACCGGCUACUCAGGCUCGGCAAGCAGCCUCGGCAGCCCGCGCCUGUGCCUGCCCCCACUGCCUCUGCUGCGGUCUCUAAGCCAUGCUGGGAGCAUCACUGGGCAGAGCAAGGGGGCGGGGGAGAGGGAGAGGACUGGAAAAGGCAAGAGUGACUUGGAUUCAAGUAAAGUUGCUGCCAACACGCCAAGCCAUGCUGGUGGUUUCACUGGGCAGGGCCAGGGUGUGGGGGAGAAACGGAGGAGAGAAGGGGAGAGGGAGGGGGGCUCCAGUGAAGGUUUUUUGGGAGCUUUGAACGCUGUGAGGAGGGAGAAGAGGAUGAGGAGGGCGGGGAAGGGGGAGGGUGAGCGUCAGGGAGACUCAGCCUAAGAGAGGAGUGCAGGAGGGGGGAUGAUUCGCAUGAGGAUAGCUGUUUUGAAGAGGAGAGAAAGGCAUGAGGGGAAGGAUAGUGCAUGGAAGAGAGAACAGGACCUAACUGCUAAGGGAAUAAAGAGGGCGUGCCUCAGAAGAGGCCUCUUCUGGGUGUGCUGGGUUGCGCCUGGCAUCUCCUCUGUAUAGUUUUGGAAUACCCUAUUGCUUGUAUAUUAUCUUUCUGCUAUGUUUUGCUUUCUUUUCGCUUUAAAAUAUAGCCGCAUGUAGUGGCAUAAACCCGUACUGUAGUGUGGUUGCAUAUCUA